AUGGCAGGCAAGGAUAUCAAGGGGGCUGAUGAAACGCAUCCCAUAUCAUGGGAUGCUUUCCAUAUUCGUUUGGUUCGGGCUUCUCUGUCAUUGGCAUGGUCAGCCAGAAGUAUCACGAGUCCUACCCUAGAAUGGGCCCUCAGGGGAAUGCAUAAGAACUAUGGGAAACUCAACUCCAGUCCAUCACUGAAACGAUGGAAAGUCGAUCUCAUCAAGCAAAAGCUCUUAGAACAGGAUAUGGUCAUGGCUAUGACUGAAGUUGAGCAAGCAUCAUUACGAGGAAGCCCAAUAGGAGUCAUGUUCGAUACGUGGACUCCCGUAUACACGCCGAUCCAGAUGCUAUCAGCAUCCUUAUAUUACGAGGACAAGAUUAUCCCUUAUAAAGGAAGGCCCUUGAAGCGAAAGGAGAGGGAAUCCACCGAGCAUUUCACAAGCUUCCUGGUGGAGGAAUGCGUCAAACCGCUGGCUGAAAGUGAGACUCCAGCAAGAGCUCCACUCAAGGACUGUAUUUCAGUGUGA